GUGAGACAUCGAGGAGGGGGUAGAGCCGGGCUCAACGUGCAGGAAGUGCAGUGCGACCUCAGAGACCGGCACCCGCCCGAGCCAACCUAUCGCCUAGGCAGUCACCUGGCCCAGCAGCCCUUGUGUGUCUGUGUGUGAGAGCCAUGUCAGAGCAGCAGCAGCAGGACCCCAGCUCCCUCCCAUGGUCCAUCAACAGGGACGACUAUGAACUGCAGGAGGUCAUUGGAAGCGGCGCGACGGCUGUGGUCCAGGCUGCUUUCUGCGCUCCCAAGAAAGAGAAAGUGGCCAUCAAGAGAAUAAACCUGGAGAAAUGCCAGACCAGUAUGGACGAACUUCUGAAAGAAAUCCAGGCAAUGAGCCAGUGCCAUCAUCCCAAUAUCGUCUCCUACUACACGUCGUUUGUGGUGAAGGAUGAGCUGUGGCUGGUAAUGAAGUUGAUGAGCGGAGGUUCAGUGCUGGAUAUCAUCAAACACAUCGUUGCCAGAGGAGAACAUAAGAACGGCGUUCUGGAUGAAGCGAGCAUUGCCACCAUGUUAAAGGAGGUCCUUGAGGGACUCGAGUAUCUGCAUAAAAACGGACAGAUCCACAGGGAUGUGAAAGCUGGAAAUAUACUUCUGGGUGACGAUGGAUCUGUACAAAUAGCAGACUUUGGUGUCAGCGCUUUCCUGGCCACGGGGGGAGACAUCACACGGAAUAAAGUGCGGAAAACAUUUGUAGGCACCCCCUGCUGGAUGGCACCAGAGGUCAUGGAGCAGGUGAGAGGGUAUGAUUUUAAAGCAGAUAUCUGGAGUUUUGGUAUUACUGCGAUAGAACUGGCGACUGGAGCAGCCCCCUACCAUAAAUACCCUCCAAUGAAGGUUUUAAUGUUGACUCUCCAGAACGAUCCCCCGACUCUGGAAACUGGGGUACAGGACAAAGAUAUGCUGAAGAAGUACGGCAAGUCUUUUAGGAAAAUGAUUUCUUCGUGCCUUCAGAAAGAUCCAGAGAAGAGGCCCACAUCAGCAGAACUGUUGAAGCACAAGUUCUUCCAGAAAGCUAAGAAUAAAGAGUUCUUGCAGGAAAGGCUGCUGCAGAAAGGGCCCACCAUAGCAGAGAGGGGCAAAAAGGUCAGGAGAGUGCCGGGUUCAAGUGGUCGGCUCCAUAAAACAGAAGAUGGCGGCUGGGAAUGGAGCGACGACGAGCUGGAUGAAGAGAGUGAAGAGGGAAAAGCGGCCGUAUUACAGCUUAGGUCUCCACGUGUAAAAGAUUCAUUACAAAACUCAGAGCUUUUUCCUGCAACAGAGCCUUCAGCAUCAUAUCUUCAGACUCCAGCACAGCCCUCUGUUCAUCUACCUCAGCCAGCUGGACAAGCUCCGCCUUCCCAGGUGUCUGUCCCAGUCCCUCCUUCUGGGCAGGCGACUCUUGCAGCUGCUGCACCUCCUGCACAAGAAGAAGCAAAAGCCGCCAUCAGCUUAGUAUUACGAUUAAGGAAUACAAAGAAAGAACUGAAUGAUAUUCGAUUUGAGUUUACCCCAGGAAGAGAUACAGCAGACGGCGUAUCGCAGGAACUUGUCUCGGCUGGCCUUGUAGAUGGCAGAGAUUUAGUAAUAGUUGCGGCCAAUUUGCAGAAGAUUGUCGAUGAACCUCAGACAAACAGAUCUGUUACAUUCAAAUUGGCCUCUGGAGUGGAUCCUUCUGACAUUCCGGAUGACGGGAAGCUUGUAGGUUUUGCGCAGCUCAGUAUCAGCUAAGCCACCAUGUUGGAGCCGCUCCGUAACCAAUCCCCUCUGUGAACAUCUGCCCCGCCCUUCUCUUGGCCUAAAGGAACCACUACUGCCAAAGAAUAAAUUCUGGCUUUUUUUGGAGCUGUAAUAACACGUAUUCUUUUUAAUUUUCGUCUGAGAUCUCUAACGUAGUGUAAGAGAGUCGCUGGGAGGCCCGCGCUUUGUACCCAGCAACAGUGUUUGUGCACGCCACGAAAUGUCAUUUGUUUGUCUUUAUUUUUUUUUAUCCUUCAUGUGAAAUGUGCUUGUUAACCUCUUCAGUGCCACCGCUCACCACUGAAUGGGCUCAAGGCGCCGUUCUCCUGCCACCGAUUCUGUUCCGUUUGCCUUAUGGGAGUACAGUAUACUACUGAGUAGCAAACACGGGGCUUCUGAAAGAAACAAAGGCAAAACAGUAGCGCGUUUUUUUUUUUGUUUGUUUUUUUUUUUUGGGAUCUGAUUUUUAUCGGCUUUAAUUUAAAAAGAGGAGAGUCUAAAUAAUAAAAAAAAAUAAUUUCA